CGGGAAGUCGCCUUUUACGAUUCCUCGUGGUGUGUGAGAAGGUGGAUGGCUGAAGGGGCUCUAGGGCUUGGUGGAGGCAAAAUCCAAACAUCUAAAAAAACAGUCUGAGAUGCCACCCAUAGCUAUGGAGCAAGACUUAUCAUUAUCCUCUGAUUCUGAAGAAUCUAUUAUAGCAGAUCAAGAGCUUCAGGAAGCAUUUGCUAAAGGUUCGUUGAAACCAGGCCUGAAUGUUGUGUUGGAGGGACGACCAAAAGCCUUUAAUAAUGUGGAUGGAUUGAAACAGUGCUUGUCAGAAUUCCGAAGAAACCUGGCCUGGGUUGAAAGGCUUGAUGUUACCUCUCCCCUGGAAACAAAUGUCACAAGUGCAGCUUCUAAGAACACAGUUGAAAAGGAUGCUAUUGACCCUGAAGAUGACUUUAAAAGAGAAAUGAACUUUUAUCAUCAAGCCCAAGCCUCAGUUCUGGAAGUAUUACCUCGGUUACAUCGGCUUAAAAUCCCUACAAGGCGGCCUGAUGAUUAUUUUGCAGAGAUGGCAAAAUCUGAUCAGCAGAUGCAAAAAAUUCGUGAAAAGCUGAAGAGCAAAAAAGAAGCAAUGGAAAAGUCUGAAAGGGCCAAACAACUCCGUGCCCUAAGAAAAUACGGCAAACAGGUUCAAACGGACGUGUUGCAGAAGAGACAGAAAGAGAAAUCCACAAUGUUGAACGCAGUCAAGAAAUAUCAGAAGGGUCUCUUAGACAAGCUGGAAUUUCUGGAAGGUGAAAAAUCAUCAGUGCCUCAGAGGAAGAAGGAAGGAACAGAGAGUCAGCCAAUCAAGAAGGGACCAAAUGCAAAAAGGCGCUACAAGAAUCAGAAGUUUGGCUUUGGUGGUAGGAAGAAAGGGUCAAAAUGGAACACCAAGGAAAGCUAUAAUGAUAUGUCCAGCUUUCGUGCUAACAAAGCCCACAACAAGGGAACUGGGAAAGCGGGGAAAAGGGGUGCCAAAAAGAGGCCUGGCAAAAAGAUGAGACAGAAAAUUAAGAGCCAUUCCUGAUAAGGACUGGAAAUGGAUGACAUUUUGAGCCCAGCUUCAUCCAAAGUGUUGGCAUACAGCCAUGAACAGAUAAUGGACUUGAACCUGCCUGGCCAUUGGUGUGCUGUGGAAUGACAGAUGCUUCUGUCUGAUCCUGGACAUAAUACUACUCAUACACAAAUGGCAGAUAGAUGCUUUUUGUUGCCUUUCUUUCAGACUGGUUUGAUAAUUCUUAAGUGAAUUAAAAAGUGUUGAUGGUUUGAACAUUU